CUGUGCUUGAAGACUUUGAGGGGUGAAGGUGUUUUCUGGGUAAUAUUUUUGUUGAAUGGGUAUUUCUUUUUCAUUGAAAAAAGAAAUAUUCUCGGAAUCAAAAGAUAAACGUGUUGAGCUGUUACCCUUUCUAAUCCCACUUUCCAUUUUCAAAUUUUCAUUUUCCAAAAUCUCGCCUCCUCCCUCGUAAUUUUUCUUUUUAAGACACCGUUUGUUUUGAUUGUUGUUGAGAGGGUCUGUUCUGUACUACUCUUCUAAACAAAUCACAGUUUUUUCUCUUUCUAAAACAUUCACCCUAUAAGCUUUCUCCGAAUUUCACAAUAGCUUAGCCUCGCUCUGCUUUCUUCUUCCACGCGUCUGUCACCGUUAUUAUUUCUCAGACUCAUUUCGGUUCUUGACAAUGAGAUCAAACUCUCAGGAGUGUACCAUUGCUACUCUUUUUCUCCUCCUUUAGAUUUAUCAUUAUUAGAAAAAAAAAAAUAGAGAAAGGGGCAUUGUUAUAUUUAACAUAAAUUUUGGUUAUCGGUUGGUGAGAUCAGAGAAGAAAAUGGCACCACCGUUGUUCAAUUGGGGGGUGAAGGACACCCACAGGGGAACUCCUGUGGUGGUGAAGAUGGAGAACCCAAAUUGGUCGAUGGUGGAACUGGAAGGUCCCGAAGAAGAUGACUUAAUGACACCAACUUCUCCUACGGGUGUUUCACGAGACAAAGGAAAAGGAAGAGGCAAAAAUGCGAAACAACUCACCUGGGUUCUUCUCCUCAAAGCACACCGCGCCGCCGGUUGCCUGACCUCCCUGGCGCCGGCAUUGUGGGGGCUCGUCGCCGCCGUGAAGCGCCGCGUCGCCGCCGGAAAAACCGAUGCCGACACCGAUGGCGGGAGAGAGCUGGAGAACCCCACCGUGAAGACGCGUUUCUAUUUCUGCAUCAAGGUUUUUCUGUGGCUUUCCGUUUUUCUCUUGUUUUUCGAGGUUGCUGCGUACUUCAAAGGGUGGCAUUUCGUUGCGGCGAGGAUUCAGUUGGAGCACUUUCUGUGGGUACCCGCUUUUGGACUCAAGGAUUUCUUCGUUUGGUUCUACGCGAGAUGGGUUUUUGUUCGCGUGGAGUAUCUCGCUCCUCCCCUGCAGUUUCUAACCAAUGCGUGCAUCGUGCUUUUCCUUAUUCAGAGUGUGGAUAGACUUGCUCUGUGUUUGGGGUGUUUCUGGAUCCGGUUUAAGAAGAUCAAGCCUGUUCCUAAAAGUGGGGAUGCAAUUGUAGAUCUUGAAUCUGGAGAAAGCAAGGGUUUUUCUUUUUUCCCAAUGGUUCUUGUGCAGAUCCCCAUGUGCAAUGAGAAAGAGGUUUAUCAGCAAUCGAUUGGUGCGGUGUGUAAUUUGGAUUGGCCGAAGGGGAAGUUGUUGAUUCAGGUUUUGGAUGAUUCCGAUGACCCAACGACGCAGUUGCUAAUAAAGCAGGAGGUUCAUAAGUGGCAACAAGAGGGUGCCAACAUUUUGUACCGGCAUCGCGUGAUUAGAGAUGGGUACAAGGCCGGGAAUUUGAAAUCCGCUAUGAAUUGUAGCUACGUUAAAGAUUAUGAGUUUGUUGCAAUUUUUGAUGCAGAUUUUCAGCCUACUCCAGAUUUUCUAAAAAAAACGGUUAUUCACUUUAAGGAUAAUGAUGAAUUGGGGCUUGUUCAAGCAAGAUGGUCCUUUGUGAACAAGGAUGAGAACCUCCUAACGAGGUUGCAGUACAUUAACCUGUCUUUUCAUUUUGAGGUAGAGCAGCAAGUGAAUGGGGUUUUCCUUAACUUCUUUGGGUUCAAUGGAACUGCUGGAGUUUGGAGGAUAAAGGCUUUGGAGGAAUCUGGUGGUUGGUUGGAGAGAACUACUGUUGAGGACAUGGACAUUGCCGUUCGAGCUCAUCUUUAUGGCUGGAAAUUCAUUUUCCUCAAUGAUGUUGAGUGCCAAUGUGAGAUACCGGAAUCUUACGAAGCUUACAGGAAACAGCAGCACAGAUGGCAUUCUGGGCCAAUGCAGUUGUUCCGCCUUUGUUUGCCUGAUAUUAUUCAGUCCAAGAUAAGUGUGUGGAAGAAAUUCAACAUGAUAUUUCUCUUCUUCCUUCUUAGAAAGCUGAUCUUACCAUUCUAUUCGUUCACCUUGUUUUGUAUAAUUCUACCUAUGACAAUGUUCGUGCCGGAGGCUGAGCUUCCUGCGUGGGUUGUGUGUUACAUCCCUGCUGCCAUGUCCUUUCUCAACAUUCUUCCGGCUCCGAAGUCCUUUCCCUUCAUUGUCCCUUAUCUCCUAUUUGAGAACACCAUGUCAGUUACCAAGUUCAAUGCCAUGAUCUCAGGCCUGUUCCAGCUAGGUAGUGCAUACGAGUGGGUGGUCACUAAGAAAUCUGGUCGUUCUUCUGAAGGUGAUUUGGUUUCAUUGAUUGAGAAAGGACCAAGGCUUCAAAGAGGGUCCUCAGCACCUGAUCUUGAGGAAAUAAAAGAGGAACUUAAAAGGCAGGAGGAGAAGACCUCUAAGAAGAAGAAAAAGCAUAACAGAAUAUAUAUGAAGGAACUUGCUUUGGCCUUUCUACUCCUAACAGCCUCAGCAAGGAGUCUCCUAUCAGCACAAGGGAUCCAUUUCUACUUUUUGUUAUUCCAGGGAAUAUCAUUCCUCUUGGUUGGUCUUGACUUGAUUGGUGAACAGGUGGACUGAUAAAAAACGAAAAAAUUGACACGACUGUGUACUUUUUUACAUGCAAGAAUUAUAUGGACGGAAAAGCAAAAAGGUGGGAAAGAAGCCAGGCCUUAUGAAAUUACUGAAGGCAAUGUAUUUGGGGGCACCGGAGAGUGUAGAGGACCCAUAGUGCUGCUUUUUCUUGCUCAUGCUCCUCCCUCCGGGCUCGUAAAUCAAAUCCACACCCAAUACGAUAUCAUUGUGUUAUAUUAUGGACCGAAAAGGGUUUAAUUUGGAAAUGGGUGCUGCUGUUGAGGCCAAUUCAAUGUGUAAGUUUAGCCUUGUUUCUUUUGUUAUUUGAUUCUUUUUUUUGUAAUUUUAUGUGGAUUCUUUUGUAAGAAAAUCUGUGGUUCAAACUUCGAACUUUAAACAUCAUUUGGGACCUUUUCUA